CCUCGCCUGGAUUGUUUUCUAGGCUCCACAAGCUUGAGCAGUAUGUGUUUUUUUUUUGCUCAUGCAGUCCCAGGCAGUCAGACAAAGAGGCAGUCUGGUGAAUAUGCGCCUUGCUGGGACAGUACAGUAGCUGCUAGCGCUCCUCAUCUCCUUUACAAACUGUGCCACGACAUGCCUGAGCAUGUAAGUGUACUGAAAAACGGUUUGUAUACGCAGUGUGUACGUGUGUUACGGCUGCUAGCAAGAGUGGUAUGGUUCGAGCGGGCAGGCUGGCUGAACGCAGGAUGACCCAUCUCCCCCAAGGCUCCAAAUCACUACAUCAUCAUCAGUCGCUCUUCACAGUGGAACAGAUGAGAUUUCACUCCCAUCAAACACUAAGCAGGAACCAAGGCUGCUUUACUAACUGGAUAGUUUUCCCUCAUAAAUCUGUGCUGAUAUGCGCUGAAGAUGAGUGGCGUAGGAGACAAUUCGCUGGAGCCGCUGUGCCCCGACCGCAAACGUAAACUGUCCACCUGUGACACGCCGGGCUUAGGGUGUGACAAGCGUCGGAGGGAACAGGAGAGCAAGUACAUCGAGGAGCUGGCUGAGCUCAUCUCUGCCAACCUCUCCAACAUCGACAGCUUCAACGUCAAGCCUGACAAAUGUGCCAUCCUCAAGGAGACCGUCAGGCAGAUCAGACAAAUCAAAGAGCAAGGAAAAAGCUCUUGCAGUGCUGACGAUGUCCAGAAGGCAGAUGUGUCCUCUACUGGUCAAGGGGUCAUUGACAAGGACCAUCUGGGACCUCUGCUCCUACAGGCCCUGGACGGGUUUCUGUUUGUGGUGAACCGAGAGGGCAGCAUUGUAUUUGUGUCAGAUAAUGUGACACAGUACCUGCAGUACAAGCAGGAGGAGCUGAUUAACACCAGUGUGUACAACAUCAUCCACGAUGAGGACAGGGAGGAGUUUCACAAGAAUCUGCCUAAGUCCAACGCACCAAAUGGGCCAUCGUGGGGUGGAGAGGCACCUCGGCAGAAGAGCCACACGUUCAACUGUCGUAUGCUGGUGAACUUUGUCCAUGGUCAAAGUCACGGGAUGUCAGAAGAGAGGCCCGGGGUCCAGCGCUAUGAGACCAUGCAGUGUUUCGCCCUCACUCAGCCCCGGGCCAUGAUGGAGGAGGGAGAAGAUUUGCAGUCAUGUAUGAUCUGUGUGGCACGACGCAUUACUGCAGUGGAGAGGACGGAGAGGUUUAGCACUCGCCAUGAACUGUCUGGUAAACUUAUUGAAAUUGAACAGCAGGGCUCUCUUCACACCACUAUGCGCCCCGGUUGGGAGGACCUGGUGAGGCGCUGCAUGCAGAUGUUCCUCAAUCGAAGCGAGGGACAACCCUGGUCUUACAAACGCCAUUAUCAAGACGCUUUCCAUAAUGGCCAUGCAGAGACCCCGCUAUACCGCUUCUCGCUCUCAGAUGGCACCCCAGUCACAGCCCAGACCAGGAGUGACCUCUGCAGGAAUCCCAACACCAAUGAACCGCACUCUUUUCUCUCCACACACUUGCUUCAAAGAGAGCAGAAUGGUUAUCGUGGCAACCAAGGUGGAGGCAUAAGACCUCAAAGCAUGGGUGUGAACAACCCCAACCAGCAGAUGAACAUGGGCCCGGGGGGGGGCAUGGGCAUGAACAGGGGCUACGGCAUGCCUGAGCAGGGAAACAUGGCACAAAGAGGCGUGCCUCCUUAUGCUGGGGGUAACCGCAUGAAUCCAAUGAACCAGAUGAAUCAAAUGAACCCCAUGCACCAGAUGAACCAGAUGAAUCAAAUGAAUUCCAUGCAUCAGAUGAACAACAUGGGUCAAAUGAAUCAAAUGAAUUCCAUGCAUCCGAUGAACUCCAUGAACCAAAUGGGGCCCAUGAAUCAGAUGAAUCAGAUGGGCCACCAUGGCAUGCAUCAACAGCAGCACCAGCACCAGCAUCAGCAAAUUGGUCAGUUCCACGGAGGUGGAGGUGGACCUGGAGGCGGAGGGUACGGGAUGGGAAUGACCAGUCCACCGCAGACAAGUCCGGGAAUGAACGGCCCCCCGCACAAUGUCGUGGGCUCACCCCGAGUCCGAGGAAGCCCUAAGAUGGGUGCCAGCCCCUUCUCUCCAGGCGGUAUGAACUCUCCAAUGAGCUCCAGUCACCCCGGUAAUUCUGGAGGUGGAGGAGGAACCACCACCUUCUCCAGCAGCUCUUUGAAUGCCCUCCAAGCCAUCAGCGAGGGAGUGGGCAAUCCAAUGCCCUCCCCACUUACUUCUCCUCCUGCACACAAGCCCGACAGCUCACCAAGCAUCAAUUCCACCAACCCGGCAGCAGGAGGACCCUGUAAACCAGGCCUCCCAGCCCACUGUGACUCCAAGAGCCCAGGCAACUCACUGGGGCCUGGAGGAGAGCAGCAGCCUCAGCAACACCCACACACCCCCACCAGCGAGGGCCCUCCUGACAAGCCAGACAGCCAGGCCAGCAGAGAGGCGGGCCCGGCUGGGGGAGAAUCCAACCGACGAGUCCCUGACAACAAGUCCCACAAAAAGCUUCUGCAGCUCCUCACCUCCCCUACGGAUGAGCUGGUGCCACCUAAUCACACACCAAGCUCCGGCCCCAGUUCCACGCCUGAGGCUAAAGAUGGAACAGCAGGCGUCACCAGCCCCUCUUCAUCGACGGGAGUGUCUUCCUCGACAGGUGGGAGUCACGGUGGCGUGUCCUCCUCCGGUGCUGCGGGACAUUUUACAAGUCAGUCACUACAGGAGAAGCACAAAAUCCUCCACAAACUCCUGCAGAACGGGAACACUCCCGACGAGGUGGCUCGGAUCACAGCUGAGGCCACUGGGAAGAGCAACUUGGAGUCAGGGGGACCGGAGGCUGGGCCUGCAGCUGCUGGAGGGGUUAGGGGAUCAGAUACAAAGCAGGAGCAGCACAGCCCUAAGAAGGAGAAACCCCAUGCACUCCUCCACUACCUCCUCAAUAAAGACGACUCUAAAGAGGCUGGUGAUAUCAAGCCAAAGCUGGAGGAGAUCGAGGCGAGGGGAUCUCAGGGGGCAGGGGUCACCAGUUCUGAGUCCCACUCCAUGGAUGGCAAGGUCAAGUUGGAGCCAUCUGAUGAGACGGAGACCCUGGAGACUAUUCUGGGUGUUCCCAGGAACAGCUCUGGCUUCUAUCCUGAACCAGACUCCAGAGCAGGGAAGGAAGUGGGAAACAAACAGGGAAAUAUGCCUGACAGUUUACACGAUGGGGAGAGAGGCCCCAUGCCUCCAGCUCAGCGAAGCACCUAUCAAAGAGCUUUGUCCAUGGAUGCCAAGCCAAUGGGUGGAGAGGGAGCAGUGGGAGGCGGGCUAGCUGGGAGAAGGAACGUCCCCUGUCCCACACUGGUCAAACAGGAGAACGUGGAUGUUCCAAUCCGACCUGGGGGUGUACCCAAUGGCUUUCCUGGAGGCAUGGGUGUGUGUCCACCACGAGGCAAUCCAACAAGAGGCAUGGGCAGAGGAAUGGGAAUGCCCCAGCGCCCUCCCAUGGCAGGGCCAGGGGACUGGGGAAUGCCAAGACCCAAUGCUGGCCCUGUGGCUGGACCAGGCCACCCUGGUAUGGGUCGCUCUGGCCCAAUGGGGGGACCCAUGAUCAACCGCUCCAACAGUGUGCCUGCUAACACCAGGUCUAUGCUGCAACAGCAGCUCAUGGAUAUGGGUGCCAAUGAAGGCAGUAUGGGUAUGAGCCCAUUUGGUGGACAUGGACCCCCACCUCAGUCCCCCUCUUGGGCAGAAUCUGCCAUGGUAAUGGACAGACCAAGGACUAACACAAACAGGGAGCAGUUUGGGCAUCCCCUGGAUGAGCUCCUAGGGCCCCUGACCAACAGUGAUGGCCCGGGUGAUGAACGGGCACUUCUGGACCAACUGGACUCUCUGCUCAACACAGCUGAUGUCAUUGCUCUGCAGGAGAUAGACCGAGCCCUAGGCAUCCCUGAAAUUGUAGGCCAGACCCACGGACCUGAGGGCCACCAGCAGGGUCAGGAUCAAGGCCAGGGUCAGUGCCCGCCAACAGAGCCUUUCCCAGGGCCGGACUCCUCCAUAGGCAUGGACCAAAAACCCAUGUAUGGCCAAGGCUACCCUGGGCCUCCAGGGCCCCCCUCCAUGGUCAUGCAGCCUGGUUAUGGUGGCAACACCAUGCAGGGCCAGUCUCCUGCAGGCUUCAACCCUAUGAUGAAUCAAAUGGGCCAGACAGGGGGCUUCCCUGGCAUGGCGGGCAUGGGCAGCAUGGGCAACCCCCGGGCAAACAUAAGACCUCGCAUGAUGACUGCCACCAAGCCUCUCAGACUGCAGCUACAGCAGAGACUGCAAGGACAACAGUUUAUGAACCAGACCCGACAAGGCAUCAAGAUGGAAAACGCCCCUGGAGGAAACCCUGCUAUGCGUCCAGGCAUGCAACCUGGUAUGCAGCCUGGCAUGCAGCCUGCAGGCAUGGGUGGUCAGUCUGGUUUCCUGAACGCCCAGAUGAUGGCUCAGAGGAGCAGGGAGAUGAUGACCAUGCAGAUGAGGAGGCAGCGGAUGAUGAUGCUGAUGCAACAGCAGCAGCAACAGCAGCAGCAAGCGCAGGGAGCAGCAGCAGGCUUCAGCCCCCCCCCAAAUGUCACUGCACCAGGAGGCAUGGACAGCACUAUGGGAGGCCCCCCCAUGAACCAGCCUGGACAGCAGGGCUUCAACUAUGGAGGUAACUAUGGGAUGAACCAGCAGGGGGACCCGACAUUCAUGGCUCCAGGUAGCAGCCCAUCAGGAAACAUGAUGUCAGGGCGAAUGGGGGUUCCUCCUCAGAGCAACAUGAUGCCAGGGAUGCAAGGAAAUCCACAGGGAGGGCCCAUGUAUGCAUCAGGAGAAAUGAAGGGCUGGCCACAGGGCGGAAUGCCACGCAACAACGCAUACCCUCAGCAACAGUUCCCCCAGCAGGCUAACCAGGGCCAGUUUGGACCCAUGAUGAUGAACAACUCUAUGGGCAGACCCGGGCCAGUCAGCGGAGCCGGUGCAGGCCAGUUGGGCCAAAUGCCAGGACAGAUGCAAGGACAGAUACAAGGCCAGAUGCAGGGCCAGAUGCAAGGCCAGAUGGGCAUGAACCCCAUGGGAAUGGGCAGGAUGCCAAUGGGACCUGAUCAGAAGUAUUGCUGAUAACCUGUAGCUGACAGCAGAAUCUGGAGCAGUGUAGGCCCCGAGAAAAGCUGUACCCACACAAACACACACAUACAGAGUUCUCCAGCACAACACACUGCUCAUCCAGGAGGAAGUGGGCUACAAGGACAAACUUGCGGCGGGUUUCUUCUCCACCCGAACCCUCACAUACUGUAACCCUCUUUAGGUGACGCGCAAACACAAACAUGUCAGUGUGCUUGUGCUCGUUUGUGUGUGUUCACGUGAACGACCUGGAACUGUCGGGCAGUAUUCAGCGUCACAGUCAGGCUGCAGAACGGGACUACGGUACAACUGGCUGUGGCUGCACUUUACCUGGAGGCUUCUGUAUGGAAAAAAAGGAUUGAUGCAAUAUUUCCUCAUCAUUACAGCCUUACUAGAAAUUCAAUGCCUUUCACAACAAUGGGUUUCUCUUUUCUUUUCUUAUCCUUUGGAUGCGCCUCAUUCUUUAAAGUCAUUGGAAGCUAUAAGCACACAGUUUACUAUGUUAUGCAGAUUGGAGCAAUAACUCUUGCCUCUAUGCUUUAGACUGUAACUGAGCAUCGUAACCCCUGUUAUAAGCAAAUGAAUGGUACUGCAGUAUUAGAUGUCUCAAAUGUCCUCUGUGAAUAUGAAUUGUAAAUAUUCUACAAAUUAUAUCAAACAUGCUUUUAAAAGGCCCAUAUUGCACAAAGUAUGAGACCUGGUUGUAUUUUUGUGUCCAGUAGGUCAAUACUGAUUUGGUUGAUUUGCUUUUUUUCUUUUCUUUUCUUUUUUUAAUGCCUUUGCAAAUAUUGCAAGUGUGUUUGGGUUUUCCUUCCCUUGUUUGCCAUUUUCUGAAUGCUGUAUUUUUUUUAUUUUUUUCCCCCCGAACAGUCAUGUAUUUCAUGUUUUUAGCGAGGCACUUUUACUUGUGACAUGGAUCUGAUGAGUUGAAGGUUUGAGCUUUCACACAAAGUUUUAUGGCAAGGCGGCGGAAGCGACUUCUGUCAGGACAGUUGAUUUACAGAAGAUUAUUUUAUUGGUUUGUGUGUGAGGUGGGCUGUGUGUGUAUGUGUGCGUGCGAGCAUGUGUGUGUUUGUGUCUCGCUGCAGUACAAUGAAGACACACACUCCUCAGUUCACCAACAGGCCUGGUCCUCACAGUGUUCUCCCGCUCCUCGCACCAACUCUGUCUGUCCAGUGUAUUUUUUAUUCACACCAUCUUCUUUUGACUGUUAUUCUCAACUCGCUAAAUCUACCUUUUCAACAUGCGCAAUCCAAAGAUAUUUUUCCACAUCUUUGUAUAGUUUCUGAGGUUCUGGUGUACAUUUUUUAUGAUAUGCGUUAUAUUAUUCUGACGGUAAAUGGGUACAUAUCAUGGAUCUAUAGAAGCAUAUGAUGGUUAUGUACUGUACACAUAAAGGCCAUGGGGCUACGUUGUUCAACAGUGACAAGCUACCAGUGCAGUGCGACAAGGACUGGAAACUAACAACCCCCCCCGCAGCAAGUUUUUACAUCCAGGAAAAAAAAAGAUAGCGAAGCAUGUUUGCUGUGAGAGAAAUACCAAUGGAAUGAUAUCCAUUUCAAGACAUAUCAAUAUCUCUUCUAUUCUCUUCAGGAAACAACUUCAUUUUAUGUCCAGAUUUUGUUACUUCAGGAAAAAGGAACUUUGUAGAGUUUGAAUGAAGUGCAAAAAGAGGCAAGAGAUUGUUUGGUUGUUUUUUGUUUUUCUUUGUUUGGAGGUAAAAUAAGCUGUCAUUUUACAGGAUGUAUAUUACAGAUUUUUUCUGUUGAUGUUGAUAUCAAUGUAAAUACAAAUUUCUAUUUAAACACUCUCGACUCUG